CGCCUCGUCAACUGUGACAGAACGACAAAUGACAGGAAACACAGUUUGCUCUCACUGUUUGACGCAAAACGUCUAAAACGAUGACAUUAUUGAAUAUUUCCGAUGAAUUUUUACAUAAGUUUUAUAUUAUUUAACAUAGUAAUGUGUGUUUUUAGUAAAAAUAUUGUCACGAAAUCCGGUCUCGAUCAUAUAAAUCCAUAUUCAGUUGGUUUAAAGUUUUUCGCCGAAAUUAAUAAUACCAGUGGUGAUGACUGUAUGGUAGAAAUCCAUCCCGAUGAAUGUUGUUUAGAAGCGAAUGACGCGAAGUGCAAUAUUGUUGAAGUCAUUGGAAGCGCUACUGAUAGUAUAGCUGAAGGUACAACAAAGACUCUCCAUUUAGUCGCACCUCUCCUGGACCCGUACGAUCGAAAAGGAUUCUGUACAAUAUACGUAGAUUAUAAAUCAAAAACAAAACCGAAAAAUUUCAUAAGGGACACGAUCAAAAUCAAAUUUGAUACAACAUUGCACAAGUCAAAACUGCCUGAAGAUGCUAAACUCUGUAAGCAUGUCGACGAAGAUCCCCUGAAUGACUGCAAACCAGUCAACUGUGACACUCAUUACAAUACCAAAAGAUCGUUUUUUAGUGUAGUCAAAAAACGAUGCGUUGAAGUACCAAUGUGCAUUUCUAACAUAAAAGCAGAACUACCCAAAAUAGCGUACAAUCCAACAGCAAACCAAUGUGUUAGUAAGCCAGCAAUAAGUAAAGAUGACAUUGAAUUUAUCAAAGUUUUGACUGGAGACAGGAAUAGGAAAACUAAAGAUAUACUCAUUAUUAAAAUGAUGGAUAAGAAUAUGACAGCUCCUGCUGGUGAUGCGGCUGAUGAUGAGUUUAAUACCAUCGCCAGGGUAGAAGAGGAUACGAAGGCUACUGAACAACCAGCGAAGAAAGAAUCGCGGGUUGCGAUCCCGAACUACAAACAAGGGAAUUCAACGAUAGACUGUAUUAUGGGAUACAUGACCCAACACAAGUAUACAAUAAUGGUCCUAAGCGCUAUAGUCCUACUCCAAUGUUGCCUCAUCUUCACCUUGAUCUACUGUUUAACGAUGAACUGCGGAUGCCGUAAGAAGAAACAAGUCGAAAACAAGUAUUUCAACUACAGACAGGACGCGUCUGUCACCACACCGUUGAUAUGCACUAGCAAUAUCGACACGGAAACCACAGAAUACCAGUAUUUGAGCGAAUCCUCAAACUAUAUAGAUAAAAAGAUAAAAUGCUACAAAGCUUGCCAGAAAGAGAGGAAAAAUAACAUUAAACUCAGCAUGUCUGAUGAUAUUUUAUCGAAAUGUCUAACUAGGAGGGAUUGGCAUAGGUUACCACGAUCAGAGACUAUACCUGAAGUCAGGAACGAUGAAGAACCAAAGGGAAUGGAGAGAAAAGACCUAAAUAUAGACAGUCGAAAGCCAACGGACACAAAAGUGAAUUUCCAAGAGGAGAUCCGUGACAAGAGAUCGAGAAGUGUAAAGAGUAAUGCUAAAAAACCAGAAAAUAGAAUGAACACCCAAGACGUAUUGAGUGACUCGUCCGAAAAAGUGAUCCGAUGUCAUAGCUACAAUUAUGAUGUUGGAUCCAACUUGACGGGUUAUGAAAAAAGGGGGAACAAACGUUUUGGCAUAUACAAAUCGGAGAAGAAAGGAGAUUCCAUAGAACAGGGUGCUCAAGCCUACUUCUCAAACGAUUCUAUAGAAGACUUCUUGUCAGAAAGAGGAGUCAUAUUCAUCGGUGAUAAUGCUUCAAAAUAUUCUUUUACCAGCGUUUCAAGUGCGGGGAAAAGCUCAGGAACUUCGCAAUCAAGUAAAACGUCAAAGAAUAAUGUUGUAAAGAAUGUUAUUUCUCUACUAUCGAGGAAAGUUAAAGGGCCGUCGUCAGAUCCAGGUUUAAACAAGUCGAAACCAGACUUAGAUUUAGAACUACUGCAUAUUUCCAGGGCAUCGAUGUGUUCGUCUAGUAAUGAUUCGGAUAUAUGUAAAGAUUUGAAGAGGAUUAAAGAUUCGACUAGUUCGCUUUAGGAUACUUUUGUAGAUUAAAGGUUGUAAUUUUUCAUU